AUGUUCACACAAGAAUCAUUAAACUUUAGCUAUCGCAUUGAAUUAUGGGUUUACAUGAUUGCUGUCAUCGUUGGACUUCCAGCAUUCGUUUACACUUGCGUUAAAAUGUCAAGAAAAUCACGUAUUUGUAGAACAUCGCGCCAACAACUGGUUUUGGCUGCGAGACUCUUCUCAUAUAAGGUUAGCUUGACUGCUGCGGACACCAUUGUCUUAUUCAUCUAUGCUCCAACCCAAUUCGCCUGGAUAACCUCUUAUUGGUGGUUCGGUGGGGACAUCGGAUGCCGGAUUUUCAAGUUCAUAUCUACAUUUGGAUUUCAUUUGACUGCCAACAUGCAAGUACUGGUUGCUGCCGAUCGAUUACUCAUCUCUGCGAAAAUGAAUCGCCUUAAUCGCAACAAUAUGCGUCGAAAAUACAACACGCGUCUUUCGCUUGUCGUCGCUUGGAUUCUGGCCCUUAUUUGCGCAUUCCCCCAGCUUGUCAUAUUUCAGCAAGCUCUCACAGAAGACGGACAACCGCAAUGCAUCUCGAUCUGGACUCAAAAACGAGGAGAAUACUACUUACAAUUAUAUGUGAUUGAGGCUUAUGAGGUUCACAUGCAGCUCAUUCGCUCCAAGUCGGAGGAGUAUUUCUUUCAAAACGGGACUAUGAAGUUGGACCCACCCCCUGCUCCAAAAAUUACUGUAGAGGAUCUUUACGUUAGUAAUCAAAGAUGGUUGAUGCUUGAAAGAAUUUAUAAUGUUAUCCAUCUUGCUACUAUUUGUGUCUUACCGUUGACCAUGGAAUUCAUUUGCUAUAUUCUCAUUCUCUAUAUAUUGAAAGGAGCUAGCAAAGGAAAUUUUGUAACCCUUUCGGAUAUAUUUUACAACAUAUUCUGUUGUGGUAUUAGAAAGCAAAAAACGACGUCGCCAGUAGUAUCGAAUAAUGGGCAUGAAUCAGAUGCAUUGGUAAUGCGACAGACGAUUCAGUUCAUCUCGCCGGACAGCAGAAGUUGUGAUAUGGAACGACGAAGAGCCACUUCAGUGGAUGCCGCUCAUGCCGCACCGAAUUCUGCCAGUAUCACUGUUGCUCUGGAUUCCCAUGGACAUCCCGCUUCUUCUAUUUAUGUGGGUGGAGAAACCACUGAGCCACCUCACGGCUUCUUUCGACGAUUCUUGUUCGCGUUAGGCUCAUGUGGUAUCUUUAAGAAGAUUUAUCAACGAUUUUCGCAAAAUAGCGAAUCGGCCAGUACCACUGGGAACAACACACGCCGUCAAAGUACUCCUGCUACUAACCGCUCGACUAGCAUGUGGGUUAACACGGUUGAUACGGCAAGACGCAAUGCGAGAUCGAAGGCAUUCAUAAUGCUUUCACUCAAUUUGAUCUUCUGGGCUCCAUAUUGCAUUCUGGCAAUUACUUCAUCAAUCAAUGCUUACGAGUGGCUGCCACGAUAUCAAUUUGUCAAUGCUUUGAUAACUUUUAAUGCAGUAUCAAACAUCAUUUUGUGA